AUGUAUCUUGCAGUUACACCUCACGACCGGGCCCUCUUGAGCUCCCGGUUUCCACUCUCCUCUGCCUUGUGGCUAAACUUGGUCACAUCUCUGUGCUACUUCGAGCACGGGAGGGUCAUCCGAGCCGACCAACCAAAUCUACAGCUCCGGGCUUGGGCGAGGACAGACUGUCCGUCUAGAAAUGCCAUUGUCCCAGCCUUGCAAUCGUCUGGCCACGGAUCUGCCGAUCCACCAAGUCUUUCGUCUUUCUCCCUUCCAGAAUCCAGUGGCCGAUCCCCUCAAUCAGUCAAGGGAAUGAAGAACAUUUUGCGGGGAAGAGGCAGUCCUCCUGCUGCUGCUGCUGCUGGUGCGGCUGGUGGACCACAAUUUCCUAACGCCGCCAACAACUCAUCAACAUCAACGUGGUUCUGA